AAAAAUCCCUCGGCUGCUGGAGCCAUGUGACGGGAGGCGGACAGACACUCCGUAUAUAUACGGGCUGAGGUGACAGCGGUCGGCGAGAACCUCUUCUUGUCUGCAGAGUGGACGAGGGAGGGUCCAACUUAAUGGGUGAUGUCCUUUCGGCGAGAUCUACAUUAUGUUCUCCUCAGUGUCGAGAGAGCGGGACGAUUUGGCUUCGUUUAAGUUCUGCAGGUGGACUGCCUUUUCACUAGAGCGACCCAGGACCUUCUACCUAUAUGCGUGCGGAUACUAUGUACCACAUUUAACAUGUAUUAGGAAGGCGAACAGCUUUCAACGUGGGAACUUUUAAAACGCUGAGGACUUUUCCCGUUGCCUACCAACCACCCCCCCCCAAAAAAAAACAACGGGAUGAUUUCUAACUGGACUUGCACCCUGGGGCGAGUCCUGGAGAAGGAAGUGGCGAAUGGAAGGGAGCUGACCAAGCCGGGAGUGCAGCUGGUGUUAGCCCUGGUACUGUCGGCGCUGCUCGGACUGCAGGUCUGGAAGUGGCUGCAACAUCAAGUGAGGGAGUGGAACCGUCCGAGCCUCCCCGGCCCUUUCCCCUGGCCCGUGAUCGGCAACGCGGCUCAGAUCGGUCGCCUGCCCCACCUCGCCUUCUGCAGGAUGGCCCGUAGGUACGGCAGCCUCUUCCGCCUGAAGCUGGGCAGCCGGACGGUGGUGGUGCUGAACGGCGAGGAGCUGAUCCGUCAGGCGCUGAUCCGGCAAGGGGGCGACUUCUCCGGGCGGCCCGACUUCGCCUCCUUCGGGGUGGUGAGCGGCGGCCGGAGCUUGGCUUUCGGCGGCCACGGUCCCCUGUGGAAGUCGCACCGCAAGGUCGCCCACUCCACCGUCAGGGCUUUCUCCACCGGCAGCUCGGACACCAGGAAGGCUUUCGAGGGGCAUGUGGUGUGCGAGAUGCACCAGCUGAUCCAACAUUUCUUGAACUGGAGCCGAGAGGGAGCUUUCUUCGACCCGCGGACCAGCCUGGUUUUGGCCGUGGCCAAUGUCAUCAGCGCCGUUUGCUUCGGCAAGAGGUACAACCACGAGGACGGCGAGUUCCAGGCGCUCCUGUCCAAGAACGACCGCUUCGGGAAGACGGUGGGAGCGGGCAGCCUGGUGGACGUCAUGCCCUGGCUCCAGUACUUCCCCAACCCGAUCCGCUCCGUCUACAACGACUUCAAGCAGAUCAACCGCGAGUUCUACGGCUUCGUCCAGGGGAAGGCGAGAGAGCACCGCCUCACCUUCCGCCCGCAGCGGACGCGGGACAUGUUGGACGCCUUCAUCAGGACGAUUGAGCACCAGCGAGGGUCGGGGCUCAACUCGGAUUAUGUGGAGUCCAGUCUCACCGACAUCUUCGGGGCAAGUCAGGACACCCUAUCCACUGCCCUGCACUGGCUCAUCCUGUACCUGAUCUGGAAGCCCGAGCUGCAGAGGAAGAUCCAAGAGGAGGUGGACAGGGUGGUGGGGAGGGAGCGCGUCCCCACCGUCGAGGACGAGCCGCGCUUGCCCUACCUGAUGGCUUUCCUUCACGAGUCCAUGCGCUUCAGCAGCUUCGUGGCGCUCACCAUCCCUCACUCCACCACCAAGGACACCCUGCUCCACGGCUACCCCAUCCCCAAGGGCACGGUGGUCUUCGUCAACCAGUGGUCGGCCAACCACGACCCCAAGAAGUGGCCCGAGCCCGACCUCUUCGACCCGUCCAGGUUCCUGAACGCGGACGGGAGCAUCAACAAGGACCUGACCAGCAGGGUGAUGAUCUUCUCGCUGGGGAGGAGAAGGUGCAUCGGCGAGGACCUCUCGAAGAUGCAGCUCUUCCUUAGCGUUGCCCUGCUGACGCACCAAUGCACCUUCAGGGCCAACCCCAGAGAGAAGCUGACCCUGGACUUCACAUAUGGUUUAACCUUAAAACCUGAGACUUUCACCAUCAACGUGACCCUGCGGGACACCAUGGAACGUCUACAGGCGGCGGUGCGGAGCAUAGAGCAAGCAGGGGACACGCAGUGAACGGCGAGACACAAUUAACCUUUUUUUAAAAAGAAAUAACGAGACCCUAAAGGGUUAAGUUUUUUUAAAUAUUAAGUCAUCUUGUCUGCGCCGUUUGACACCCCUCCCGGUCGAAUUGUACCCUCACAUGCGGUCGCUAGUAACGGGUACUGAAGCGAAUCCAACCCCUGUAGAAAGAGAUUGGGCCGUAUGUUUCCAGCUAAGCGUGCGACGGAAUUGACAAAAGUACUCUGUGUGCAGGUAAAACAAAAUGGGAAAUAUAAAGAAAUUAUGUUUUGUUAAGUGUAUAUGCGACUGGCCCAACGCUCAACCUUCUCUUUCCCAACCCAGCCCGAAGUAACCGGGCUUUAAGGAUUUCACAUAUCCUCGCCUGCUCCAGAGGUUUUAUUUAGGGGGGGAGGGGGG